AUGCUGCGCCUGGGGCUGUGCGCCGCCGCGCUGCUGUGCGUGUGCCGGCCGGGCGCCGUACGCGCCGACUGCUGGCUCAUCGAGGGCGACAAGGGCUACGUGUGGCUGGCCAUCUGCAGCCAGAACCAGCCGCCCUACGAGACCAUCCCGCAGCACAUCAACAGCACCGUGCACGACCUGCGGCUCAACGAGAACAAGCUCAAGGCCGUGCUCUACUCCUCGCUCAACCGCUUCGGGAACCUCACCGACCUCAACCUCACCAAGAACGAGAUCUCCUACAUCGAGGACGGUGCCUUCCUGGGCCAGUCGAGCCUGCAGGUGCUGCAGCUGGGCUACAACAAGCUUAGCAACCUGACCGAGGGCAUGCUGCGCGGCAUGGGCCGCCUGCAGUUCCUCUUCGUGCAGCACAACCUCAUAGAGGUGGUGACGCCCGCCGCCUUCUCCGAGUGCCCGAGCCUCAUCAGCAUCGACCUGUCCUCCAACCGCCUCAGCCGCCUCGACGGCGCCACCUUCGCCAGCCUGGCCAGCCUCAUGGUGUGCGAGCUGGCCGGCAACCCCUUCAACUGCGAGUGCGACCUCUUCGGCUUCCUGGCCUGGCUCGUGGUCUUCAACAACGUCACCAAGAACUACGACCGCCUGCAGUGCGAGUCUCCGCGCGAGUUCGCCGGCUACCCGCUGCUGGUGCCCCGGCCCUACCACAGCCUCAACGCCAUCACCGUGCUGCAGGCCAAGUGCCGCAACGGCUCCCUGCUCGCCCGGCCCGCGAGCCACCCCACGCCCUACUCCACCGACGCCCAGAGGGAGCCCGACGAGAACUCGGGCUUCAACCCCGAUGAGAUCCUUUCGGUGGAGCCACCGGCCUCGUCCACCACGGACGCCUCGGCGGGGCCGGCCAUCAAGCUGCACCACGUCACCUUCACCUCGGCCACCCUGGUGGUCAUCAUUCCGCACCCCUACAGCAAGAUGUACGUCCUGGUCCAGUACAACAACAGCUACUUCUCCGACGUCAUGACGCUCAAGAACAAGAAGGAGAUCGUGACGCUGGACAAGCUGCGGGCGCACACCGAGUACACCUUCUGUGUGACCUCGCUGCGCAACAGCCGCCGCUUCAACCACACCUGCCUGACCUUCACCACCAGGGACCCGGUCCCGGGCGACCUGGCGCCCAGCACCUCCACCACCACUCAUUACAUCAUGACCAUCCUGGGCUGCCUCUUCGGCAUGGUCAUCGUGCUGGGAGCCGUCUACUACUGCCUGCGCAAGCGGCGCAUGCAGGAGGAGAAGCAGAAGUCGGUCAAGGUCAAGAAAACCAUCCUGGAGAUGCGCUACGGGGCUGACGUGGAUGCCGGCUCCGUCGUCCACGCCACCCAGAAGCUGGGCGAGCCCCCUGUGCUGCCCGUGUCCCGAAUGUCCUCCAUCCCCUCCAUGAUCGGGGAGAAGCCCACCACCUCCAAGGGGCUGGAAGCUGGGCUGGACACGCCCAAGGUGGCCACCAAGGGCAACUACAUCGAGGUGCGCACAGGCACGGGCGGCGAUGGCCUGGUCCGGCCCGAGGAUGACCUCCCGGAGCUGGAGAAUGGCCAGGGCUCGGCCGCUGAGAUCUCCACCAUCGCCAAGGAGGUGGACAAGGUCAACCAGAUCAUUAACAAUUGCAUCGAUGCCCUCAAGUUGGACUCGGCCUCUUUCCUGGGGAGUGGCAGCGGUGGCGGGGACCCUGAGAUGGCCUUCGAAUGCCAGUCCCUCCCUGCGGCCUCCACCACCUCCUCGACUGCCACCCCUGGGGGGCUGGAGCGGCCCAGCUUCCUCUCACCUCCCUACAAGGAGAGUUCCCAUCACCCGCUGCAGCGCCAGCUGAGCGCCGAUGCCGCCGUGGCCCGCAAGACCUGCAGCGUCUCCUCCAGCGGCUCCAUCAAGAGCGCCAAGGUCUUCAGCCUGGACGUGCCGGAUCAUCCGGCCGCCACGGGGCUGGCCAAGGGCGACUCCAAGUACAUCGAGAAGGGCAGCCCCCUAAACAGCCCGCUGGACCGGCUCCCGCUGGUGCCGGCAAGCAGCAGCGGGAGCAGUGGCGGCGGAGGCAUCCACCACCUGGAGGUGAAGCCCGCCUACCACUGCAGCGAGCACCGGCACAGCUUCCCGGCCCUGUACUACGAGGAGGGCACCGACAGCCUGAGCCAGCGUGUGUCCUUCCUCAAGCCGCUGACCCGCACCAAGCGGGACUCUACCUACUCGCAGCUCUCCCCCAGACACUACUACUCAGGUUACUCCUCCAGCCCUGAGUACUCAUCCGAGAGCACGCACAAGAUCUGGGAGCGCUUCCGGCCCUACAAGAAGCACCACCGGGAGGAGGUGUACAUGGCCGCCGGCCACGCCCUGCGCAAGAAGGUCCAGUUCGCCAAGGACGAGGACCUGCACGACAUCCUCGAUUACUGGAAGGGGGUCUCGGCCCAGCAGAAGCUGUGA